UUCCCUUCUUCUCUCUCUCUUUCUACCCUCUGCUUCACAGCCAUGGCGGCGAAGAACGGCGAAAAGCUUUCUCUCGUCCCUAACAAACAGAAACAACAGAAGAAGAAGAGAGAGAAAGCGAAAGACAACGGCGAUUACUUGAAGAAUCUAGGGCAGCAGCUGCUAACUUCUAGAGCUCACAUCAACAACCUCCCAAUUCUUCUGACCUACAUCACCCCCAAUUCUCCGCCGCAGCACGCCCUAGAAUCUCUUCUCUCUCUACAAUCCUUCUUCACUCCCCUCCUCCCCCAGCUCUCUUCCUCCUCCGCAAAUUCCGCCAAUCAGGAACCCGACCCGGAGAUUGUUUACCUCACGUGGCUCCGCUCCAAAUUCGAUGACUUUGUACGCUGCCUCGUUGAUAUUCUCGUUUCCCCCCAAUCCGAGGAUGCUCUGCGGGAAAUUUUGUUGGACGCUGUAAUGGAGUUCGUUAAAGUGGGCAACGCCGGAAAGUUCCAUUCCGCAAUCUAUCACAAGCUUCUCCGCGCUAUCAUUCACUCUGAAUUGGGCGCUGAGGACAUUGUGUUGGUUUUGCUUGCGUCGAAGUAUUUCACUUACAUUGAUGUUUGUUACUUUACUUACAUUAGCUUGGAAAAGCUGGUCCGGACUUUGGAAGCGAAAGAAGAUGGAAAUGCAAGUCUAGAUGCGGAGAAGAAAAUCCAGUCGAAAACAAGCAUGGAGCUUUCCAUUCACAAGAUGAAAUUUUUACUAUCUCGUAUCCCACAAUUGGAAGCGUUGGAGGAAAACCUACAGAUGUGGAAUGGUUUGGGCCUUUUCGCUGAGAAAGACAAUAAGCAGGAAACUAUUGCCGUAAAAGAUAAAAACACAAAGAAGAGUCAAAAGUCCGGUGACAAGGUUUUAUCAUCUCGAAGUAUUGCUAAGAAAAUGAAAUUGAAGUUAACUAAAGCAUGGCUAUCGUUCCUCAGAUUGCCCCUUCCUCUUUCUGUAUACAAGGAGGUUCUUGUUGCACUUCAUCAGUCUGUUAUACCUUAUAUCUCUAAUCCAAUUAUGUUAUGUGAUUUCUUAACUCAGUCAUAUGACAUUGGUGGUGUUGUCAGCGUUAUGGCUCUUAGCAGUCUGUACGUUCUCAUGACAGAACAUGGUCUUGAAUACCCUAACUUCUAUGAUAAACUUUAUGCUCUACUAGAGCCGGCUAUAUUUAUAGCAAAACACCGAGCAAAAUUUUUUCAGCUGCUGGAUUCAAGCUUGAAAUCAUCGCUCCUUCCAGCUUAUCUGGCUGCUGCCUUCUGUAAGAAAUUGAGCAGACUCACACUCUUUGUUCCUCCCUCAGGAGCAAUUGUCAUUGUUGCCCUGGUUAACAACCUUCUACAGAAACAUCCUUCAAUUAGUUGUUUGGUGCAUCAAGAACGAGAUACUGGAGAAACUCCUGUAGGUGAAAAAAGAAAGCAAGGAAUCGAUCACUUCAAAAAUGAGGAAAUGGAUCCUAAAAAGACUAAUGCCAUUAGGAGCUCACUCUGGGAAAUGGAUACUCUUCGCCAUCAUUACUGCGCUCCAGUUUCGAGAUUCGCAGUGUCCCUAGCGAAUGAUUUGGCCGUGAGUGCAAGGGUUCCUGAAAUUUCUGUUAUAGAUUUAAGUUCCGGUUCAUAUGGAACAAUUUUCAACGAUGAGAUGAAGCGAAGGGUGAAACAAGUAGCGGGGGCAUUCUACAAUGCAACUCCUACAUCUUUGUUCUCAGAGUCCGAUUUUCCUGGUUGGGAAUUCAAAUUCACCGCGAAUGGUAGUGAACCACACGAGGAAUCCGCGAAACGACAGCGUACAGUGGGAGUUGAGGCCUAGUUUUUAUUUGAAAAGAAAAUUUUGAUCCUUGUAUUUUUUUUUUUUUACUUUCUUGAGAUUUUUUUAUGGCGAAUCGCAUCUUUCCCGUUUCUCUCGGAGUACAAUGGGCGAUUGUUCCAAUUUGCCUUUUCCUGUUUGUAAUAUGAGUUUUAUCUAAUAUUUGUAGUAGCUUUUGCUAGUAUUUAGAGCAUAACAGUAUUUCAGUUUUAAGAACGUUGAUUUGUUUCUUAUAAUUGGACCAAACAAAUAUCAGUUGUGAAAGAAAAAAAUAUAUUUUGAGUUUU